ACAGGAAACGCGAUGUCCCGCCAGUUUCUUUUGAACGCAUAUCGCGCGGCCAUUGGCUCUGUUACGAGCAUACGUCACACAUCAGCCAAUCACAUAUAUCCGUACCCUUGACGUGCUGCGCGUGCUAGCCUUUAAAAACAGGCGCACCGAAACGGCCGGCACAUUCUGUACGGAACGCAGAAGAGAUCGCAGCCAUGGCAAGAACCAAACAGACCGCUCGCAAGUCCACCGGUGGCAAAGCCCCGAGGAAGCAGCUCGCCACCAAAGCCGCCCGUAAGAGCGCUCCCGCCACCGGCGGCGUGAAGAAGCCCCAUCGUUACAGGCCCGGCACCGUGGCGCUGAGAGAGAUCCGCCGCUACCAGAAGUCCACCGAGCUGCUCAUCCGCAAACUGCCUUUCCAGCGCCUGGUGAGAGAGAUCGCUCAGGACUUCAAGACCGACCUGCGCUUCCAGAGCUCCGCCGUCAUGGCCCUGCAGGAGUCCAGCGAGGCUUAUCUGGUCGGUCUGUUCGAGGACACGAACCUGUGUGCCAUCCACGCCAAGAGGGUCACCAUCAUGCCCAAAGACAUUCAGCUGGCGCGUCGCAUCCGCGGAGAACGCGCUUAAGUCCCGCGUUUAUGGCAUGAACUCUAACGGCUCUUUUAAGAGCCACCACAUCCACUGAACGACUCCAUUUCCAAUGUU